UUUUUUAUUUGCCUCGUAACCUUGAUUUGAUGUAUAAACUUAAAUUAUAUUAAAUAUCUUAGUUUGUUUAAAAUCUCGUUCUAGUCCUAGUUAGUCAUAAAGCACAAUGUAUUGUUUCAUUGCUCAAGCAUCACGUUGUGUAUGUAUUUACAAUUGUCAUAACACAAUUAAACCAUGGGUCACUUAAAUAUUUAUGUAUCACUGUAUUAACUAAUCAAAUAUUCUUCGUUAGAUUUCAUCUCCAGGAGAAAACAAAUAGUUUACAUUAAUUUACUAAUUGCAAAAAAAAAUUACUUAUUCGUGUUUGGUUUAAAAACGUAAAUAUGUAAUCGAACCACAAUUUUGUGUUUUGUUUUUCAAGAAUUUGUUUAAAUACGCCUCUAGUUAUUUUUUAUGUAUUAUUUAGUGUAAAGUGUUGAAUAUUUCAGAUAUAAAGGUAUGCAGGAUGGACGGACUCCCUUUACUGGAUGAAUUCUACCAGGUUCAAGUUGAUCUCCAGGAUGUAGUUCACCAGAUCUAUCAGCUCACUAACUCCAAUAUCAGGGAGAGAGCUCUGCUGGAGAAGGAUUUUGUAAACCUGGUGGAGUUGAUGCGCGAAACACUCGCUACUGCUCGUGUUACUGUUGGAUUUAUUAGAUUAAUAUUCAACAUGGAUUCAUUGGAGGAGAAGGAUUCAUCAGGGAUUCAUCAAUCCAGGAGCAGCAAAGAGAUUGAGACCUCAGAGAACGGUCGUUUCUUGGGUAAAGUGUACGAGGUUAGUCCGAAAAAUAUUCUGGACUUUGCGUCUGAUCGAGCUUUUCACGAACUUCCGGAGGAAUCCUGUGAGACUAGUUACCAAAGACCAGAAUCAGUGUAUCAAUCCUUAGAGCGGGAGCCAAGUUCUCCUAGCCCCGGGAUACAGAUAGAACACAAUCCUAACAAGGAUUCAGAAUUAACCUCGAGCGCUCCAGGUUCUGGUUUAACGGACCCUUGUUUUAAAAUUACGGAGCUGAACUGCCAAGUACCUGAACCAUGUUUUAAGACUGAAGACGACCACUGUUCUGGGUCUUUGACCCAUAGAUUAAAACCCUUAACUCCUGAACAAAUCAUAGAAUCUAGUCUUCAUUCGAAGCUAACCACAUUUAUCUCGUAUGAAUCCACAAUCCAUUCUCAAGAUUCUAAAUCCGUGGAAUCUAUCCUGAAUAUCAAGGAACCUGUUAGGGAUGAGUUACGAUCGUUGGAACCUGACCAGAAAUCUUCAGAUAGUGUGAACUCCCUCCAAGACAAUUUCCAAUCCAAGGAACAUACUUCUCAAUCUUUGGAACUCAAGACACUAUUGGUGGAACCAAAUAUUCAAUUUAAGGAACCAAGUUAUCAAUCCGUGGAACCCGUGAAUCGAUCUACAGAAACAGCUGAAGUUGAAAUCAGAGAAGGCGAUAAAGAGCUAAGUGUUAGCUCUAGGGAACCUAGUUUUAUAGAAUCCAGUCUUCUUGAUCAUAGCUCUGGUGCUAACGUUUCCAUUAGAAGAAAAAAGAAGAGAAACUUCUUAGGGAAUUCAAUAGAAGAUAGUUUAGAAGAUAUAGAUCGAGAAACUAGUGAACUCCUGGAAUCUGGGAAGAUUGAACUGUCCCAGAUCUGCUCGCUCCAAGAGGAGAACCUGUCUUUCGGUGAUGUUAGUCGUCUUAACCCGCCUAUAUUUGAACCUGUAAGGACGGGAGCGGAGAGGAGAAGUUGGAGUGGUUGGAGAUACUUUGAAGACUGUUUGCUAAGCAAUCCUGUGAUAACCCCUGUUCCUGUUCUUGUUGAACCUGAAUCCGAACCUGAACCUGAACCCGAAUCUAGUUUCCUUAUUAAAUCUCUAGUUCUCCGUGAGUCUGUGAUAAGUCCGCGUUGGAAGCCCGAAGAUUUGCCGUCCUCCUCAACUCCUUUAAAGUACGGUCAAGGAACUAAGGAAAUCGAUCAGUUUGAGUCCCCGAAGCUCCUGGUCUUGAUAGAUACUAGGUUAAACGAUCCUUCGCAGAACUCUGAAGAGGAUGACGGGGAGAAGAAGGAAGAUGUGGAAAGUGAGCAGGUGGAGGACGAAAAUGAGAACACAGUUGAGAAGAAACCUGAAAACAAAACUGCAGUUGAUGGAUUAAAGAAUUAUGAAGAAUAUAGUCCAGUGAUACAAGAAAGUCCUGGAUGGACUGGAAAGAAUGAUGUAGGAAUUUCUCCAAUAAUCUCAGUGGAACGAAAAGGAGAAGCUCUUACACUACUUAGAAACAGUUCUCCUGAAAUCAAUCCUAGAAUCCCUGUUCUUCUAGAAUCUAGUCUUUUGUAUGAUAAACAGAAACCACAAUCCACAGAUAACGAUUAUAAGGAAACCAUUGCAAUACUAAAAGAUACCGGAGAAACCAACUCUCCUCCUGUUUUCCAGGAUUUGGAGUUCAAAUCCGAGGAAAAAUCUAUUCUGAAAAAAUCCUACAAUCUAAUCCAAUCUUCCAGUUUGGAUGAGCCGGGUGUAGAAAUCACAGGAUCUAGAAGUUUAAAGGUUAAGCCUGGAGAAACGUUAAGGAAAGUUCGGUUUGGAGAUGUAGGUGUAUACUACUUCUCCCGGAUUCAGGGCUGGCUCGGAGUUCCAAAAGAAGGAGGAAACACACUCGGAAUGGAGUAUUCUCAUCACACAUUCGAGACUGUUUAUCUACCGGAGGAGGAGCUAGAGGAGAAGGAGAUCAUUAAUCUAAAGUGUUCAGAGAAACCUAAACCAGAAAUGCAAGAUUUUUCUUGUAGUAAAUCCUACCUGGAGAACCUUAAACUUGAUGUAAAGGAUCGGCUCUGUGUCAAACCAGACACGGAGAUACCUAGCACAUUUCAGACGUUGCACAAUUCUAAACCCAGUCAAGAUCUUCCCUGCUUUAAACCUGACCUUGAGGAGACCAAACCUGAGCUUCAAGAUUUAAACUUUUUGAAGUCUGAUUCAGAGAUACUAUUUUCUAAACCAAAGUUUCCGGAGAAAUCUUGUUACGCACCCGACCCGAAGAUUGUUUACUGUACAUCUAACCUUGAAGAGAAUAAUUGCAUUGAUAGGCCGAGUAAAAUUGCAAGAUUAUCUCCGUCCGUGGAAACUGAUGUUGUAUGGAGGAGUAUUGUUAAGAAGCCUGGUUUACUCACACUCAAGAGAUUACCUGAGGACGGAUCAGAACUUGAAUCUUCUAAACCUAAACCCAGAGCAGAACUUAAACCUUAUAAACCUAAACUAGGAGUAGAACUUGAACCUUCUAAACCUAAACCCGGAGCAGAACUUGAACCUUCUAAACCUAAACCUGGAGCCAAGAAGAAGAAUUUGAGCAACUGGAAAAGUUGCACGGAUAUAUCGGCUCGGACCCGGAAGGUUCGGAGUGGUCUACGGAACACCCUGAGUAAAUCUCUUGAACCUGAACCUGCAGAUGUUCCUCCUCAACCGUCUCCUAGUAAAGGAAAAUGUGGAACUAGGGGACUGUUCCCUCUUUCCUCCAGAGCCAGGAAAAGUCUGCUGAAAGAGAGUGGUGUAAAGGAGUUGGAUCCUGUGGAAGCGAUGGAAACUAAACAUAUUCGACUCAGCAGAAAACUUUGUGGAUGCACCUGUAUCUCAGGAUGCUUUCCAGGUUCUUGUGAAUGUAUUGACUCCGGUAUCCAGUGUCAGGAGGAGAGGUUGGGUUCUCCCUGCUCCUGCUCCACCUCCUGCUCCAACCCCCUGGGAAUUAGGAGAUUUGAUCCAACCGAGAUCAAAAUGCAUUUUAUACAAACUAUGCUUACAGUGCAGAGAAUGGACAGAUAUCCAUAUUUUUAAAAUAAGAUAUGUA